AUGGAAAAUCUAUCAAGAUUUGGGAAGACUGCUGGCUCCCUUUGGGCUGACUGCACCCACCUAACCAUUAAGGUUCGCAUAGUGCCAAGGGACGUAUGGCUGGAGUGCCCGAGAGCUUUGCAAAAAUGUGCAGCUGAUGAUACCACGUUUAGGGAAGUUUUUGAACGUUUACGGGAGAAGCUCAACGAAAACACCUUCCAACUCUUCACCACGGUAGCUCGGCUGAUUUGGUUCAAAAGGAAUAAUUUGAUCCAUGAAGGAAAUUUUCUAGCCCCAACUGCGGUCUUAAAACAAGCAUAUGAGCAAAUUGCGACUUUUGAAAAGGCCAGAGCUUGCCAAACAAAUAGCACGACUCCCACUGGGUCAUCUCACAGGGUAGACAGAUGGACGAAGCCACCGGAGAAUGUGAUGAAGGUCAAUUGGGACGCUUCGGUUUCAAGGGAACUGAACCUGACGGGGGUGGGUGUAAUUGUUCGGAACCAUGAGGGGACUGUACAAGCUUCUUUUUGUACCUAUAAAGAGGUGACUAUGGAACCCUCAUCGGCGGAAUCUAUGGCAAUGUGGUAUGAAAGGGAGGUGUGCAGAAAACUGGGAGCUCAAAAUAUAAUCCUGGAAGGAGAUGCUUUAGAGGUGGACCACACCCUGCAACGAGACAGUUUCUGGAGGGGAAGCUACUGCAUGUUCAUUGAGGAAGCUAAGAGAAAUCUGCAUAUGUUUCCGGGGUGGAGUGUGCACGAUGUUGUUAGACAAGCCAAUGUAACAGCCCAUAAUUUAGCACAAUUAGCCAUUUCCCUUAGGAAGGAGAAGAUGUGGAUAUGA